AUGCCUCCCCGACGCAAGACGGCAAAGAUGACGACGAGCAAGAAGCGUUCGCGCGCUGCAGCGAAGGAAACGCGACCUCCUCCGACACUCGGGUCCCUGUCCGCGGAGACGCUGCUCCGUAUCGCCAAGUUCCUCGCAGGCGACCCGCUCGACCUCUUCCACCUCAUGCUCACGUGCAAGACCUGCCUCGCACCGGCUCGUCGCGCGCUGCCUGCCGACCGCUCGCUCCUGAAGAAACCCAGCCUAGUCAUCGAGUCAGACGACGAGGACGAGGAGGACGACCAAAACGAGGACGAAGAUGAAGAGGAGGAAGAGGAGGUUAAUUCGGAGACAGAGGCGUACGAGCGACGUUGGAGCGGGCGGCAGCCGAGGUGGCGCAUCCGGCCGGUCGAGCAUAAGGAGGAAGACGAGGUGGACCCGGACCAGGCGUGGUGGGACGAGUACGAGGCCAACACAUCGCUCGAGCAGCAGAAGGCGGAUGAAGAGGACGCCAAGCGCUUGAUUGCGGAGUGGAUGAGCAAGUAG